UACUUCAUACUCAAAAUAUUGAAUUUAUUGUUGAUUGUUUUAUGUUUCUGGCAUUUAGUCAGCCCCAAAUCUCCGCGAGAUUCCUCGGGGCUGGAUAUUCUUCCGAAGAGGAGUAGGUCCAAAUAUCCAACCUCGACGAAUCUCGUUGAGAUUAGUCAGGUCCUAGCUUAGUUUUUAACCAAAUUACAACAUUGUAGGCCAACUUUGCAGUUUGGCUUUCUUACCGCGUUUAUUUUGGGAGUAACAGUUGAGCAGUCAGGACAAUCGUCAACCCAAUCUCUCACCAGAGGGCGUAUUACGCUGCGCUACAACACCUCUGUCAACGUCUAAAUGUCAAGAUUCUUGACGAAACUUACCUAUACCUAUAGCAUCAUGGAUAAUAAUUUUAUAAGUUUAAGUUUUAUGCUUAAAUCUUAAAGUAGGUUCACAAAAACAACGAAUUCCAUGAUUAUACUAGUAUUAUUGAAUGAAUGAAUAUUUAUAUAAAUCUUCUAAUUCGCUCAGGUGUCUCAUAUUUACCAUCUUCUGAUUUUAAAAAAUUCAGAGAAGUGUUUGAUUUGCUCAGAUAUUAUCAUUACAGUUCGAUAUGCUAAGUUAGUUUUUGUACAUUCUGAUAUAACUUCUUAGACGUUGACAGAAGUAUUAGUGGAGCGUAGCGGGAACGAUAACUCUGGAUAGAGAUUGUCGUCAACCCUUAGUGCUACCAGGUUCUAUAUAGGUGUACAUCACACAUGAAAAAAGGUGUAAAAUGUAUUGAAGAUUAAUACAAAAUGCCAAUAACAAAGAUACCAAUAGUCCACAAGUUUGGGAUAAUUUCCCAUAGCCAAAGAUUAGAACUCCAAGAGCGUCUCUUGAAACAGUCUUAUCUACAAAGUCUUCACAGCCAAAGGGCACUUGUUAAGUCCAGUAAAAAUCCUCUUGAGGUAUCUGAAGAAUUCAUUCGGAAUUACAACAGCAGCCAGACUUUGGACGACAGGGACAAAUAUGAAGUGACAGCUUACAAAAUGUUAGAAAGGGCAAAGAGGAGAGCAGGACUGCGAAACUGUGGCACUGGUCCAUUUGUCAAUCUCCCAAUGGCUUGGACAGAAUUGGCACAAUUAGCACAAUGUAAAGGAAAAAUCCAAGAAGAUUGCCUUGAUGUGUUGAUUACCUCCCUUGAUCAGUCUCCCCUGGAAAAAUACCACAUUCCUGCUCUGUUUUUCCUGGCGGAGACCAUGCUUUACUGGCUUAGGACAGACGCUGUUCAUCAGCCAUAUCUCCGCACUGGAGAAAUCAAACUACUAAAGAUGGGACAACUGACAUUCACCAGAUUAUUCUACCACCACAUGGCUGGACAACUCCAGGGACAAAUCGACUUCAAGAAUCGACUCUUUACCUAUUUAGAUGGUCUCGGGGACUGCCAGGAGGCCUAUAGUCCCUACCCUAAUGCUCUUCUGUCUCUGCGCUUCAUUAUCUCCGUGGGUAAGAUCAUUAUGGCAGACGCCCUAGUGGAACCUGGUGAAGUGAAGGAGGGGGACAAUAUGUCUAUGUCAAAACCCAGAACCCCCCUCAGUAGACCCAGUGCUCAGUUCAGCAGUAAAGGCACCCGGGAAUCAGCUUCCAGACACGAUCCUCGGGAGAACUCGCAUUCUGCUCAUAGCGUCGGAGCCAUCAGCAGUAGUGUUCACGACUUGAGCCCCACACUCUGGCAUGCUCUAGAUGUGUGGAGGUGUACAAACCACCUAGGAGGUGGGCUAGCAGAGGCACUGAGAGCUCUAGCUACUUGUGGCAUGGGACUGUCCAAUGAAAACUGGAUAGACACAAUGGUUGCAUUACAAAUCCUGACAGAAGCAGCCAAGACAAACAUUGCUGCUAUGAAAAUCCUACACAGCUUAGCACGAGGUGUAAGGCCAAAGGUCAGAGGAGGGUCACCAUCUAGUACUUCACGGUCAGAUGCCUCAGAUGUGUAUAGUGUAUCCACUGAUGAGGAAAACACACAAAAGGAGAGGGACUCUAACAUAAGUAUUCCUUCAAGCUCAAAACCAACACUCAGCGACAUCUAUGAAAGAAGUGAGGAAGACAGAGAUUCAGAAAAGAAGCUUUCCAGACACUCUAAGAGGGGGGAUGUGGAAAUGACAUCCACAGAACCAGAGAUUAAACAAUUUCCAAUGAGAAGGUCCAAACCAGUGACCUUAAGUGUUGAAAAUUUGGAAAAAUUUGAUUCUAAAUUGGCCUCCACUGAUUCUCCCAACACUGGUCUCAAGGGACCGGGGCCCAGGGAAGUAUCAUUUGGAGAUCUCAAGAAAGAGAGAUCUAAUUUGACACGAGGAUCUGACAGGCCAAAGAUUACCCAGGAGUCUAAACGCACUGGUAGCAUUUUGACGGAACCCGUGCCAAAUACUGCAUGGAAGGUUGAGGUCGGAUCUGACCUACCAGAAGGAAGGGCCUCGGAGGCUAGUUCUGUACCUACCUACACUAACCAACCACUCCCAGAAAGCCCUGGAAUCAAUGGUUGGCACUGGGAGGUAGCCAUUACCUACACAGACAUCUUAUCUGACAUCUGUCUCCAUGGAGGAACUGCUGGGAUCCAGAGAAUGGCCCUGAUGGGUGUAAACAAGGAGCUGACUGAGCCCUUCCAGCGGGGCUAUGUCAGUAUCCCUCUCACCAGUGCUGGCCUGUUAGACCUGGCCUUCUUUCACGCUGCCACAGAAACCAGGGAUGGAGGACCUAAUGAUUGGAGCUGGAGAAUUCGCUUUGGGUCUAUCCAAUCUCUUGUGAAAAUAUGCAGAUGUCUGUCAAACGACAAGAACAGGGAGGGAAUGAGAACAGCAGCCUGGAACAUUCUAAUCCGAGCUCACUCCAUGGAGAAAGAUGAUCGAGUACUAGAGGCCCUGAAAGUGGGACAGGUACACACUGAUUUAGAGAAUCUUCUAGCCAAGAAGGAUACAAUCAGUCCGAUUACUAUAGGCUCUAAAAUCGCCAGCGGAUUAUCUACAAUAUAUCUGCCUCCACUACCCCCAGCUGUAGACCCCUACAUUCCCCCUCCAGUCAAACAACCACUGCUUACUCCCCCUCAUAAGAGAGAACAGGCACCAAAAGCUGACAAAAAAACAAGGACCUCUCUCAAGGAAGAAAUUAUGCUUGCUACUGCACUUUAUGAGGAACCCCCAGACUUCAAGAUGAGGACAGGAUUUGAUCUGAGGAGAAUUGUUGAGGACCAGUGGAGGAAAGAGCUUCAGAUAGAGCUGGAGAUGGAGGAGAAAGAGAGAAAGAAGAAAUUAGAAAUUCAGCAGAAGGAGGAAGAGGAGAGACAGAGAGAAAUAGCUGAGCUGAAGGCGGGAAAGUUCAGAAAGAAGACGAAGGAAGGCAAAAGGGAACCUGACUCUAGAGAGUCUGUAGAUAAGGUCUCUUCUGAGGAGGGUAAACAGACAGAGGUCGUGACAGGAAAUACGGAGGAGGUGAACAAAAAUACGACAGAGGAGUAGAGCUUGGGAAACAUUCCACGCUGUCUAGUUAUCUGUGAUAGUUCCUGUGAUGUGUUGUAGACAUUGUAUUACACUGUUAACAUGCCCCAUCCAUGAAAUGGCUGUUUAUUCCCCCCUCUCAUUUGUUCAUCAUUCUGUCUUUCUAGCAUGAUGGUUUCUCAGGCUUAUUUCUUGCAUUGUGCCUUCAAAUAUCAUAAUCAUAUACUGAUACCUACACAGAUCCCGUUUCUGAGUUUUGACUAGGAUUGUGACACAUAUUGUUGGAUACCCUUGGUUGAUUUCAUCGUCACUCAUGGACAAACUCAUCAAGAGAAUGAUGUGGAUACACAGAGGGCCUUUACUAAUGUGGACCUUAGAAUGUUACUGUAGAUGCAUUCAUAUCUAGAAAUGUAUUAUAAUUAUAUGCAUAUUUAAGUUUUGUGUGAGAAUAUGAAUGUUAUGUAGGAUGAAUAAUAUCAUAUUCUGUGACACAUUUAUUACGUGUAAGGCUGAUCAAUUUUAGUUUUUCUUCUUUGUUGAAUGGUUGAAUAAAGCAAAUCUUGUUGAGAAGCUGAAUAAAUACAUAAUGCUACAUUCUUA